GAAGCAACGAAAUUCAACGGCCGACCAUAGUGAAUCGCAUCGUCGUGAUUGCGUUCAUUUUUAACAUUUUUUGUCACAUUUUAACCUUGUGAUUUUAACUCAAAAUAUAAAUAUUUUGGUGAAUUCUACUUCUGGCGGCGCGCAUACAAGAUUAGUGUGUUUUCCAGCACGUUAAUCGUGCAUAUAAUAACUAUUUAGAUUGGAAAUAUUACGUGUGGAUUACUAUACAUUGUCAUAGUAAAGAAUAAUUGGAGAAACGGCGGCAAAAUAAGUUUCCAAUUUAGAAUCGAUAAUAUCGUUGAAAUGUCUAAAGCCAAGAAAUUAUCAUUGCCCAGCAAUGAUUCAACAGAAUUUUACAAUUACAAACCGAAAGACUUGAUUUGGGCAAAGAUGAAAGGUUUCACACCAUGGCCAGCAAUGAUUGUUGAGCCCUCUAUCGAUCUCUUGAAUCAACCGCGCAAAGCUAACACAAAAAGUGUGUUUUUCUUUGGAACACGAAAUUUCGCUUGGAUAGAAACUAAUAAUAUAAAACCGUUCGAAGGGCCUUGGAAAGCUGAAUUAGCAAAAGUUAAUAAACCAAAUUCGUUCCGUCAUGCAAUGUCCGAUAUUAACACGUAUAUUGAAGAUCCCACAGAGGUUGAUGCAGAGGUCAGCAAAAACACGAUCAGUAAUCAUUCCACUGAAGCAGACUUCGAUAAGAUUCGCGACGGGUUGACGGAUGAUGAUACAACAAAUGACAUUCGUGGUAUAGAUGACGCGGAUAAUGGUGUAGAGACCAUAACCGGUGAUGUUGCGGUUGAUUUGGAUGAUGUACAACCAUCUUACAAAACCCCUGUGAAGCGUACGCCAAAAGCCAAAGCGAGCGCCGUAGCUGCAGUCAAAGCAAAAUCAUCUGUUAGUGGAACUGCCCCUAAGUCAUCAACAAAACGACGUCGCUCGUCACAAACUGCAAAUAGCAGCUCAAAGCGUAAAAGAAAUUCUUCAGUUGGUGCACUUGAAGACCUUAAUGAUUAUAUUAAUCGAAAGUCGACGACAACACCACCUUCUCGACGUAAAAUCAAUGCCGACGCUUUGGCUCACAUUGGCAGCACAUCACGGCGCAAUGUCAACUCAAUCGCUCUACUUGAUCGUCCGGUAGUAUCACGUCCGGAAGCGCAAGCAAUUGAUAUGAAUGCGCGUUCCCAAACACUUGCAGAACGGGACAUAACACCAUCUCAACUGACAUUUGGUUUCCUAGGUCUGGGGAUUAUGGGCUCAACCAUUGUAAAAGAUUUGCUAUGCACCGGCCACAAAGUGGUUGUAUGGAAUCGCACAAUGUCAAAGUGUACACCGUUCGCUGAAGCUGGCGCUGAUGUCAAAGGCACACCUAUGGAUGUAGUUGAAGCUUCAGAUGUAAUAUUCUGUUGUGUUUCCGAUCCAAAGGCAUCAAAAGACUUGGUAUUUGGCAAUUGUGGUGUAUUGGGCGUAAAAGAAAUGAACGGAAAGGCCUAUGUUGAAAUGUCGACAAUAGAUCCAGAAACUUCGCAAGACAUCGCUGAAGGAAUACAAUCAGCAGGCGGGCGUUAUUUGGAAGUGCAAAUCCACGGCACACGACAAGAAGCCGAAGAUGGUAUGCUAAUAAUUUUAGCGGGUGGGGACCGUUCAGUCUUCGAGGACUGUCAUUCCUGCUUCAAAACUAUUGCCAAAAAUACAUUCUUCUUGGGCGCAGAAGUUGGGAAUGCUUGCAAAGUAAAUUUGAUACUACAAACGAUAGUCGGCGUCAGUUUGGUUGGAUUAGCUGAAGCUUUAGCAUUGGCUGAUCGUUUCUCAAUUUCAUUAAAGGACAUCAUUGACAUAUUUGAAUUGACAUCAAUGAAAUCGCAAUUAUUAUUAGCCAAAGGCAAAGAAAUGGCCAAAGGAGACUUCAACCCCCAGCAGCCACUGAGUCACAUGCAAAAAGAUUUACGCCUUGUGCUGAGUAUGGCGGAGAAUUUGGACCAAUCGAUGCCUGUGACUGCAAUUACAAAUGAAGUUUUUAAGCACACAAAACGUCUUGGUUAUAGUGAACACGAUUCGAGUGCCGUAUUUGUAAGAUCCAGAUUUUAACAUUUAGUUAAUACAGCAACAUUUUAAAUGAAUAUCUAAUAUGUGUGUUCAAAUUAUAUGACACAUACACGCACCCAUAAAAAACAACAACUACAUAAGGGAAUCACUAAAAUGCACUAAUUCAAAGCAUUUGUUCCUUUUAUUUGUAAUACGUUGUAAAUGAAAAUUUCCAAUAUGCCCAUUUAUAACAUAAUAAUUAUUAGGAAAUUAAUUUACUGUUAUGCAUCUUCGCAUUUUCGAAGUUAGGUUAUUUCGAAAGUAAUUAUCAAUAACGGCAAGAAAGGUCAGCAGCAAUAUCUCCAAAACAAAAAAAUAAGAAAUCAGAGUAUAUAUUUUAUGAACCACAUAUAAAACAUAAAUAGGAAACAAUUGAUAUGAGGCCUACCACAACAGUAAAGGCAGUCACUAUAUAGACCAGAAAUACCAAUUAAAUUGAAAUCAAUACUGACUGACGACUGAUAAAAGUGCAUUCAGAUGUUUCAAAACAAUGAUACUAAAAAAUGGAAGACGCAAUCUGUGUACAAUUAAUACACGUGUUUGACAUAUAUUAAUAUAUAUGUAUAUAUACAAUUUAUGAUAAGGUUUAAGAAGAGGAUAAUAAAUAACAAUGGCAAUUAUUUAAUGGAGAUAACAGAGAGGUCGAAAAUGUAGUAACGAAUGUGUAAACGUGCGCAUACAAAAAUUUAAAAAUAUCCAAAUUAAUAUCGCAUGGCGCAUUUUGCAAAUCAUUUAUAUAUUUGUUUUUAUAUAUAUAAAUAAAUAAAAAGGACAAACAAUUAUAUAAACAAAAUAAUUUGUGUAAAAUAAUUGUGUGAAUAACAGUCGAUAAUGAAUAUUAAGAAAGUACAAAAAUAAUGGACUAAUUAUUUUACGGUUCUGCAAGAGGCUGCCUUAAAAUACAAUUCCCGCAAAAUCAAAUAUACACAAUUCCACUUUAUGUUUCAAUCUUUCCCAUACGUUUGACUAAACUUCUCUUAUUUAUGGCGUGCGCCUUAAUAUAAACAACAAAAGGAGUGUCUUACAAGUUAAAAACAUGAUAAUUAUAUAAAUUGUAGUUUGUUUUAUCUAUAGUUAGAAAUAAUAGUACGUUUUUAUUUUUAUUAUUUUGCUAAAGGGUUCUUGUCCAAAAGAUUCGUAACAAAAUUUUAUGCUAAAAAUUAUAACUUCUCUAAAUAUAACUGAAUAAUUUUUCAAAUUUUAUUGCUAAUAAUUUAAUUUCAUAAAAUAAUGACACAAAACUACCAACUAACAAACUCAAAAAGCUUUUUUUUUAUAUUCAAACUUUUAUGUGCUUUUCGACGGUAAAAAUAUACUAUAUAACUAACUUGAAUUUAUCCAUCAUAUUUUCAUUUAUUUUCCGAAUCAUAUGUUUCUGAUUCUUGUACAUUUUGGAUGGUAUAACUUUAUAUCUAACCAAAAAAUAAUUACAAAAUAUGACCAAUAAUUUCUUCCUUACAAUUGCCCAAUGAAAAACUAUUAAAAAAUGAGCAUGUUAUGGAAACCUAACUAAAAUUAUUUGUCUAAAGCAACAUAUGGAGUGAACUCCUAUUGAAAAUCGAAAACCUAGUAUUCAACAAUCCUUGGUUUUCUCCACAACUAAUUACAAAAAUUGGAACUGUUAUUACAAGCGAAAGCAGCAGCUCUGGUAAACAGACAUGUAUAAAUCAGAAUGUUAAACAGUUUAAUGACUUUCAUACAAAUGGCUCAAGAUCUUUGGAAAAGAAUAAAUUGUAACUAACUUACAUACUUAUUUGCUGCGGAAACCUUGUUUGAUUUUCCCUAGAUGAGCAACAUUUUUCCUAAUAAUGCUUAUUAAACUCUGUUUAAAGGACUUGGUUCCUACUUGAUAUUUUAUUUAAUUAAAGAACUGUUUAUUUUUUUAAAUUCUGAUGGUAGUUAAUAUGUACAUAUGUAUAUGACAUAAGUAGGUAAUGAGCAAUCGAUUUGACAAAGAACAGAAAACAAAAACAAUACAUAUAAGGAAAAAGUGACAUUUAGAUUAUAGAAACGAUUUGAACGAAUAGGUAGUUAGUGACUCUAUAACGAUAAAAUGGAAUAAACCAGUAUUUGGAGUAGAACGUUGUAUGUGAAAUAAGAAUCGACAUAUAUUAGUAAUGAUCAUCCAGAUAGUACUAAUAAGGUCAAAGUAUUUUCCUUGCAUCAAAUAAACGUUUUCAAUAAAAUAUAAUUGUUGAAUACCCUAAUUCAUUGCGACGAGUGGGUAAACUAACGAGUUUUCUUUGACAGCAAAUAUAUCGAGCAACGAACGAAAACCAGUUCAAAAGCGAUUACUAAAAACCAGAAAAUGGCGAACUUUGAUUUUAAUUUUCCAAAUUUGACAUUAUUUUUCUUUUGAAAUAAAAACGGUGAUAUUUUCCAAUUAAAAACAAAAAGCUGUAUUGAAAUGCAGUAACUCCAACAACAUAUAAGCAACUAAAAUUGACAUGUGCGUUGUUUAAAACCUAAAUAUGAAUAUGUCGUCUGCCAGUGCAUGUUGCUGAGGACAGUAAAGAAAAGCAACACCAUUGUGACAAAGUAAUCAGCCAGUCGUAGGUACAUACUUCACAUUCGCGAACGAAUAUUGUUAAUUGAUUUAAUUGCUAUUUUCAAAAACAAAAUGCAAAAAACCUUACCAUUUAAAUCUAAAAAGUGUAAAUUAUACCAAUAAGUUAAUGAAAUUCAAUGGGUAACCAGUCUGUGUAUUGUGAUGCGAAAAGCAACAACAAAUUUGCAAUUGUAGCUGCCAAUAAAUUAUCAGUACUUUUUUCUGACAAUCUUGUUCGAUUGGGUGCCUCAAAUAUUGUGUUAACUGUGGGUGUGUGAUUAAUUUCAUCAAAAAUUUAUUCGAAUAAUAUAUUUGACCGGGUCACAAUUGUUCAAUACGAUUGGAAUAGAUGUGGAUUUAAAGAAAGGCAAGUGGAGCUAUCAGGCCAAAUGCCAAUGUAAG